AUUGUUUUGAUGCGUUGUUUAGGGUGUGUUGCUUUCUCUUUCUUCCCUCUUUCUCUCUUUCUCUCUUGCUUUCUUCCUCUUCUUAUCCGAACGUGUGAUUGCUCCUAUCCACCGACGUUGUACUGAGUAUCCACCUCCUUGUACUGAGAGUCUCCCGUGUAGAUGGUCAGAGAAGAAGGCCCCUCCUCUCUCGCACGCGGUGUUGGUCCCAAUGUCUUUAGAGCGGUGUUGAUGAAUGCGUCGCAGUUGGCUAGGUGCCCUUUUCUCCUUUCUUCUCUCCCUUCCUCCUUCCCUCUCUCUUCCCUCUCUCCUCUUUCCUCUCUCCUUCCCUCUCUCCUUUUUCCUCUCUCCUUCCCUCCUCCUCGAUGUCGAGUAUCCAGUAACUAAUCCGCGAGUACUAAUCCGUGUUUUCGAUUAUGCACAGCUACGACUUCUUCAAAGCCUCCCUCCUCGCCACACCGUAUUUCGAGGAUAAUAUAUAUUGUCAUUUCACGGCGAGUUUCGCUGCGGGAACAGUAGCAACAACAGUCUGCUCCCCAGCAGACGUGUUGAAAUCGAGGAUCAUGAACGCAAGUGGGCCGGGGAGUAGUGUGCGUUUUUUCUUUUCUUCUUUUCUUUUCUUCUUGUUUUUGUCUUUACUCAUCCCUCUCCUCACCUUCUUGGCUCUCCCUACCCCUCCCCCUUCCUCUUUUCCCUUUCCCCCCCCCUCCCCUCUCCCCAACAGUCAACCAUCCUCACCCUCCGCACCGCCCUCGCCACCGAAGGCCCCCUCUUCGUCUUCAAAGGCUGGGUCCCCGCGUGGGUCCGGCUCCAGCCCACCACUAUUCUUAUAUUCCUUACGCUGGAGCAGUUGAGGAGGGGGGUUGAGUGGGGGA